AUGGGUAUCUCAUUAUCAACGAAGAAUAAGAAAGAAUCAUACGAUGGAAAUUAUAUGAUCAAAGUUAAUGAAGAGCAAAUUGAUAGGAUUCAAGUAUUACAUCACAUUUUAAAAACGUGCUGUGAUAAUACGAAUUUCUCCGCGCCAAUCUCUCAGGAUUUGGCGCGUGGUAUUAGGGUGUUGGACGUCGGAUCGGGACCGGGUACAUGGAUAUUUGAUAUGUCAUCGGACUUUCCUAGAUCAACAUUUACGGGGAUCGAAAUACAAUCAUUUAUGUUGCCGACCAUUCACCCAUCAAAUACACAUUUCAUACAUAACGAUAUAUUGCAAGGAAUACCCUUCCCUCCGAAUUCGUUCGAUUACAUUCACAUGAGAAACAUGACCUUAUGUUUUACCGAAAAUCAAUAUGAACAAAUUAUAAGAGAAUUAAUUGACCUACUUAAACCAAACGGUUACUUGGAAUUAUGCGAGCAGGACAUUAGUUGUUAUAAUAUGGGACCUGUCACUCGAAAGAUUUCCGAUGAAAUGGGAAAAAUAUUAAUACAGAGGUCUAUGAAUCCAUUUAUGGCUAGCCGGUUGCACGUAUUUAUGAAGAAAUUUGGCCUACAAACGGUUCAAAGAGGAAUGGUGAUGCUCCCGAUAAGCGAAUUAGAUGGGAAAAUUGGAUCAUUGCAUGGACAAACUGUUUUUAGUGGACUACUCGGCGUAAAAGAUAUGCUAGCAAAGCAAAUGAAAUUAACAGGUCCUGAAGCGAGUCAAUUAGUAAAUGAUUAUCGAAAAGAGUUACAGUCAAUAAGAAUGUAUUCAAAGUAUACACGAGUUUAUGGCCAAAAGAUAUAG